AAAAGUGCAAGAGAAACUAACCGAAGAAACUCUGACAAUUUGCUCAUAACCACCAUAUCCGUAUGAGCAUACGCAAUCUUAUUACCAACACAGAAACAAAAACCUAAUGCUCUUUGGCGUUGAAUCUCUUCGACUCUCAUUCUUCUUCUGCCUCUUCUAAUUCUUUGAUUUCCCUCUCUCUGAACUCCAAAUAUCUCGGUGUUCCUAAUCGAAUUGCUUACGAAAUAGCUACUCAUUGCACGAUCCUGUUCACGGGCGUGUUCAAUUUGCCUUCUACGGCAGUUGGUGAUGGGGCAGAGCCAAAAGUAGGGCAUCCGCAUUGAUUUGGUAUAAUAUUCUAUCGCGGAGUGAUAUAGGAUAGGAAAUGAGCACGCCGAAUCGGGCUACGGUGAGGGACCUUGUUGAUGAAGCGAAGAAACGGAUUGUCUUCCUGGUCAUAUGCGUCAUAGGACUGUCAUAUCUCAUGUCGUUGACAAGUUCCUCAGUUUGGGUCAACUUACCUGCUGCAGCCUCCUUAAUUAUUAUCCUCCGUUAUUUAUCACUUGAUUUUGAUAUGAAGAGAAAAGCUGCUGCAUACAACAAUAAGCCUGGCUCCACCGGUGAUCAGUCUUCAAAGAAACCUCCUGAAUUUUCUAAAGUUGUUACAAAGUCUGAUUGGAGAGUGAAAGUGAAUUCUCCUGUUGUUGAGGAGGCCAUAGACCACUUCACAAGACAUCUCGUUUCUGAGUGGGUGACAAACCUUUGGUAUUCUCGCUUGACACCAGAUAGAGAGGGUCCAGAGGAGUUAGUGCAAACAAUGAAUGAUGUUAUUGGGGAAAUAUCAGGACGUGUGAGGAAUAUAAAUCUAAUUGAUCUUUUGAUAAGGGAUCUUAUUCAUCUCAUAUGCACACAUUUGGAGCUGUAUCGUGUUACUCAAGCAAAGAUUGAAAAACAACUUUCAGGUUCAGUUACAUUUGAAGGUCGAGAUGCUGAACUGAAACUUGCGUUGGCUUCUGAGAACAAACUGCAUCCAGCUUUAUUUUCUGCUGAGGCCGAACAUAAGGUUCUGCAGCAUCUGACGGAUGCUCUUAUGUCUGUCACCUUCAAGCCCGAGGACUUGCAAUGCUCUUACUUCCGAUAUACUGCAAGGGAGCUUCUGUCAUGUGCAGUGAUGCGACCUGUCCUAAAUUUAGCUAGUCCGAGAUUUAUUAAUGAAAGAAUUGAAUCUGUAGUAAUCAAUAUGACCAAGGUUAAUAAAGGGGCUACUGCAGUUGAAGAAGCAUCUCACUUCAAAGAAGAAGGAUCGCCGGAUUCAUCUGACCCCUUCUCUUUAGAUCCUUCUGUUACUGGCGUUGAGCUUGUGCAGCUAAGAAAUGGCACCUCCAAAAAAACAAAGUCAUCUGCAGAAGAUAAUGCCAAUGAUAAAUUUUCAAAAGACCCAUUGCUUUCAAUAAAUGCUCAAUCAUCACGUUCAUGGAGCUCACUGCCUGCAAAGUCCCAAACUAGUGAUGAUCUGGCUAUUCAACGCCAUCGCUCAGGAGGAGAGUGGGGUGAGAUUUUAGAUCAAUUCUCUCGCAGAAAGACUGAAGCCCUUGCUCCCGAACAUUUUGAUAACUUGUGGACAAAGGGGAAAAAUUAUAAGAAUAGGGUAGAAGAGAAUCAAUUGAAUAAGCAGUUGCCACAGAAUUCUGUGGCAGAAAAAUCUCUAAUGGUGAGUCCUGUAAAGGCUUUAUCUAGACCAAAAGAAAAGGAGACUACUUGUAAGCUUAAUCCAUCCAAGGACAUCAAUGUUGAUUCUAGACACAACACUCAGUACAGCGUAGAAAACCCAAUAUUUCAGGCUGACAUGAAUGGAUCAACAUGCCCUUCUUUAACAUCAUAUCAAAAUGACGGGCAUGAAUACAUGCAUUUGCAGACGGUUGAUUCAGGUAGCACUACUUCUUAUGACUCUGAAGAUGAUGAAACUAUAACUGGUCUUGAUUCCCCUGUAACUAAAGUUUGGAAUGGAAAGAGUAACAGAAAUCAGGCGGUUUCUCAUAUUCAUCACCCACUUGAAAAUUUUGAUGGUCGUACCACCAAGAAAAUGAAUAAGAGGCAUUCUCACUAUCAGAGACCACUGAAAACUCGAUCUGGCUGGAAAAGGUCUAGGCCAAGUGGUCAUAACACACAUACUUGGCAGGAAGUAGAGAGAACCAGCAUUUUAUUUGGUGAUGGACAAGAUAUACUUAGUUCUAUGAAUAAACAUGCAAGCUCUGAAGACUCUAGUGAUGAGGCUGAUCCUGAAAAUUUAGGUAGAAUAUACAGUGGAGCAGCUGCUUCUUCUUCUGCAUCCUUCAUUUCUAAAUCAGAAGCUUCUGUUAAUUCCCUGAAAAGUUCCUUGGCGACAGAUUCCUUUUUUAAGUUGAGAUGUGAGGUCUUAGGUGCAAACAUUGUGAAGAGUGACUCAAGAACAUUUGCUGUUUAUUCCAUAUCUGUUACAGAUGUAAAUAAUAACAGUUGGUCAAUUAAAAGAAGGUUUCGUCAUUUUGAGGAGCUACAUAGGCGUUUGAAAGAGUUUCCUGAAUAUGAUCUUCAUUUGCCUCCAAAGCAUUUCUUGUCAACAGGUUUGGAUGUGCCUAUCAUUCAAGAGCGAUGUAUAUUGCUGGACAAAUAUCUAAAGAACCUCAUGCAGCUUCCAACAGUUUCAGGAUCAAUUGAAGUAUGGGACUUUCUCAGUGUUGAUUCGCAGACUUACCUAUUCACGAAUUCAUUUUCUAUCAUUGAAACAUUGUCAGUUGACCUGAAAGGCAAGCCAUCUGAAAAGACUGGAAGAGCUUCUAAUUUGUCCACAUCUGCGAGUGGCCCCUUGCUCUCAAGGAGAGAAAACCAUAACACAGACAAUAAGGAUGCUGCUUUGCGAGGAAGAAAUAAUCACAUGGCCGAUGGACUAAGGUCAAAAGAAAAUUCUAGCAUUAGUGCAGAUAUUAAAGCAUCAAAGAAUGCACCAUCUCCGAAGAACUUACCAAAUACAGUGAAAGGAAGCAAGCCUAAUGGUUCAGACAAGGAACAUAAUUCACCCCAUAAUACUUCAUCUGAUGCUAUUCCUACCGAGUGGGUUCCACCAAAUUUGAGUGUACCCAUAUUGGAUCUGGUUGAUGUUAUCUUCCAGGUUCAAGAUGGUGGCUGGAUUAGGCGGAAGGCUUUUUGGGUAGCCAAACAGAUUCUUCAAUUAGGAAUGGGUGAUGCCUUUGAUGAUUGGUUGAUAGAGAAAAUCCAGCUUCUGCGUAAGGGAUCUGUGGUUGCUUCUGGGAUCAGCCGAAUUGAACAUAUACUCUGGCCUGAUGGAAUAUUCUUAACCAAGCAUCCGAAACGAAGGCCGCCACCUCCAAGCUCGUCUCAGAAUUUACCUCCUGGCCAACAAUCUCCAGCAGCAUCUUCUCCUAGGUUGGACGAUGAACAGCAAGAGGAGGCAGAUCGACGUGCAAAGUUUGUGUAUUCACUAAUGAUAGAUCAUGCACCAUUAACAAUUGUUGGUCUUGUUGGUCGCAAGGAGUAUGAACAGUGUGCUCGGGAUCUCUAUUUUUUUCUACAGUCAUCUGUGUGCUUGAAGCAGCUGGCUUAUGACCUUCUCGAGUUACUUAUAUUAUCGGCAUUUCCAGAACUAGACUACGCCUUCAAGCAGCUUCAUGAAGAAAAACACAAAUUUGGUGAGUUUAAAUCUAAGUGAAGAUGAUUACUUCCAAUUUAGCUCCUGAGAAACAUUUUGAUGGAUGCUUGGUUUUCGUAUUGCUUACGUUCUGGUUGCCCCAUUUAUCGCCGCAACCUGCCAUGCCAUCCAUUGAUUUUUGCUCGCAGCGCAACUAUUUUUGUAAAUUCUGAUAGCAAUGCUAUUAUUUCAUCUUUA